AUAUGGCCUGUGCGGGGCGUGGGACACAUUCUACUGUGGAUGAGAGAGAGGGGAUGCGCCGCCGAUUACGCACGGCGUUCCAGGAACUGUACGCAUAUUAAAAAGCUUGAAAGAUAACUCCAGUGCUUUAAAUCGAAUAUACUGACGGAUGUCUCCAGAGUAUGUAACAAGCAGUCGACACAGGAUCUCACAUUCAGUAUUAGACUCAUCCGAACCUUUGCUGGACUAUAAAAUUCACUUUUGACCCUGACGGACGGUGACAUCCCAUCAUGCCGCUGCUCGUGUUCCCCACUUCCCAGCUGCUGUGGGUCCGUGUAGCCGCCCUGCUGUUCACCUGCGUGGCGUUCAGCGUCGUGGCACACGGAGCCCACGUGAACGGAGGCAUGGCUGACUGGUGCAUCUUCUGCUGGGCGUUCAGCUUCGCCUGCACCCUGGUGGUGCUGCUGGUGGAGCAGUUCGGCCUCCAGCCCCGCGUCCCCGUCUCCUGGUCCAACUUCCCCAUCACUGUCGCCUGCUACGCCGCCCUCCUCUGCCUCUCUGCGUCCAUCAUCUUCCCAGUCUUUUUCCUCAGGGACCAGUGGAUGAGCAAGGACAUGCGCGACCAUCGCAUCGCCUCCACGGUCUUCUCCUGCCUGGCUGCGGUCGCCUACAUGGGGGAGGUGAGCCUGUCCAAAGCGAGGCCGGGAGAGGUGGCAGGUUACAUGGCGACGGCUCCAGGCUUACUCAAGGUGUGCCAGACCUUUUUGGCCUGCGUCAUCUUCAUCCUGGUCAGCGAGCCUGUGACCUACGACGGCCAUGCGGCACUGAAGUGGUGCAUGGCCGUGUACUGCAUCUGCUUCAUCCUCUCCAUGGCUGUGGUGGUGCUGUGUGUGGGAGAAUGCACCGGCUGCCUGCCCAUCCCGUUCUCCAAGUUCCUGUCAGCAUACGGACUCUUGGCGGUUAUCAUGUAUCUGACGGCUACCAUCAUCUGGCCCGUGUUCCAGUUCGAUAAGCAUUACCAGAGCAGAGGCCGGGAAUCUCCAAAAGUGAUCGCCACGGCUGUGCUCACCGCUGUCAAUUUUCUGCUUUACCUCGCCGACCUGGCCUACACCGCCAGGCUAGUGUUUGUCAGCGUCUGAGAAGAGCAGAAGCGAAGAAGAGAGACACGCUGAGCACUGAAGAACAGAAAUAAAGGGGCUAAGAGCUUGAGUGGCUUCACAGAGCAGUGUAGCUAAUUUCGAAUGAAAAAAGACCCUUUUUGUCCUUUUUGUUUCCUAUUUGUAAAAUACUGAAAUUAGAUACAUGGUAGCACCAAAAACCAAAGCUCCAGGACAGUGUGUGUGUUUGUAGGUGGCUGCAGUACAGUAUUAGACCUCAAAUGUGAAAAGAUCUGUGUCGAAUGUGCAGUAUAGCAUCGUGUAACAAAAAACAAGCUAAAAUUCAAUCAAGUCGACACACUGGAACACGGAACAACAACAGUCCAACACAAAGAUUUGUUCGUCAUUGUUUUGUUUGCCUUUUGUUAGUGAGGUUUUGUCUCCAUAACAAAGUAUCAGUAUUGACACAUUUUGAAAUCAUGUAAUAUGAAUAAAUGAAGUGUUUAGCUAAACCAAUAAAGGUUUUAUUUUAGUGCA